UACAAACCAAAGGACAAUUAAAAUUAUUUUGUGAAUGAAUUUUAUUUACAAGUCUAUCACUAUCUAGAUUUUAUUUCUAGCGAAAAACAAACUAAAAAAUAUGCCAAAAAGAAAACGUAGUAUCGUUACCGAAAAACUCACGGAGGAAUUUCUCAUUAAUGAUCUUCCUGUAAAAAUUAAAACCCAGCUGUUAUCUGAUGAUGAGGAAUCUGAUAUGGAUCAUAGUGAAAUAAAAAUAGAACCAUAUGAAGUUUUAGAAAUGAAUGAUGAUAGCUUGCCUAUAGAGGAUCAAACUUUAAAGAAAAGUAUUGGCGUUCAAACGGACGCUGUUUGCGAGACCAAUGUAAAUGUCCAGAAAAUUUUAAAUACUUUAAAAUCAAAACAUUUGGAAAGCAGUAAACUAAUGGUGGAUAAGUUAUUUCAAUCGAUUGGAAAAGUCGUAGAAGAUACUCUAACAUCCAUUAAGAGAAAAGAUGCAGAGCUAAACGAUGAUAAUACUUUGGUAGGCCUAUUAACAUCUUGGGAGUUGAAACAUCUUUUACAGUUUUUUCAAGAACAAAACAUAACAAUUAAGACACUUUCGUUAAUGACUUCUAACGAUUUAACUGAAAUUACAAAACAUAUGAAAAUAGGAGAUAAAAUUCUCUUCAAACAUAAAUUAGAUAAAUGGAGAAAGGAUAGAAACUUACCCGCACUCGUGCAACCAAGUACGGGUGAAGUGCAAGAUACACAAUUUCAAUAUUUUGGCACUGAAGUGGAAAAUCCCAAAGUUAAUGUUUUGGAUAUUUUAAAACUACAUAAAAGUGGUUGUAAAAUUUUGAAAUUUUACGAAAAAUCUCAAAAAAUAUCUGAAGAACAUCGUUCUUGUAUAAUGAAUAUAAUUGUACAACAUUUUGAAUCAAAAGAUCUGCAUAUGUCACUGCAAACUAGUUAUCAAUUGGAAAAUCAAAUACUACAAAUUUUUCCCACAGAAAAAUUAGAAUACUAUAGAACAGAACGUAGAGGAAAGAUAUAUUCAAAGUUUUAUAAUAAGAAGAAAUUGUUGAAAUCUUUAAAAACCACCGAUUCGAUUACAACAAAAGAAGACACAUUGGUACCAGAAUGUGAUGCAGACAUAUAUAUCCAUGCACUAAAGACCCAAGAUUUUAAAUCUCAUGCGUAUAGCUUUGCAUGGUGUAGCUGUGUUAACUUUCGCUUAAAUCAAAUUAGAAACGAGUGUCACAAUAUUAAAGAGGCCUUAAUAUUGUGGCCUGAAUACAAGGGACCAAGUGCAUGUAAAUUUAUUGAAUGUGAUUUUAAUGGAUUAUAUCAAAAUGUUUCUGCUAAUGUGAAUUGGAAUGAAAAAUUUCUAAAACUUGAUAAAUAUUUGAAAAAUUAUAAUAAUACUAGGGAAAAAUCUAUUACUGAUAUGCUAACGACUAUAGAGAUACCUCAAACUCAUGAAGAAAAAGAUCACCACCUAGUAUACCUACAAUUAUUAUGGUGUCUACACAGUAGUUUAUAUCAAACAAAGAAAUGUGCUAGAAAAAAUAAGAAUGGUAAAAUGGAAUAUAGUAAAUUUACCAUAAAAGAUUCACAAGAAUCAUUUAUUUACAUAAACUCUACAAUGCAGUCUUUGGAAGAUCAUUUGGCAGCUUUGGCAGCAAAAGACGAUAACAUUCAGCCAUUUAUUUUAGGUUUAGGUGAUGUGAAUACCUUAAAAAUUGAUCAAUUUUUCAUGUAUUUAGAUGACAAACUUAUAAAAUGUGAUAGUUUUAUGGAAGCUUUCGAAACAUGUUUCAAAUCUUAUCACGUAUUUAAUGUUCACUAUCCAAUGGCAUCUGAACCGUUUUGGAUAUUUGUAGAAAAUUAUUUUUAUGGUAUUUUUAAAAAUGUUAAAUCGUAUACAAAAGUUUGUAUACUUCUAGAUCAGUUAUCAAAAAUAUGAAA